AAAACCCGCCGGCGCCACCGGAGAACUGAACAGCUUCGUCUCUGCUGUGCUUACUCCUCUGGCGCGGAUAUCCGAAUGCGACCUUCAACAGCCACCGCCGCAGCUUGUCAAUUUCUCGUCCAACGAUGACUCUUCUUCAUCGGCACCCUGAUUUUCUGACUCGGACAUUAGUUCUAGUCGAGCGCCUGAAAGGGUGCACAACCCUGAAGGAGCUGCAGUCGGUACUCGGCUUCAUGAUCAAGACCAGUGUUGAUCAAGAUUGCUUCGCGAUGAACCAGUUCAUGACCACAUGCUCAACAUUGGGUUGCUGGGAUUUGGCUGCUUCGAUGUUCUCUCAGGUUCAAAACCCGGAUGUGUUUCUCUACAAUGCAAUGAUCAGAGUCUCUGUUCAGUGUUCUUACCCACUUCAGGCUCUUGAGCAAUACAAGUCCAUGCUGAGAGCUGGUGUCAUGCCAGAGAGUCACACAUUCUCGUCCCUGAUUAAGGGUUGUCGUUUGGUACAAGCCCUGCGAUACGGGAAAUGCGUCCAUGGUGGUGUUUGGAAGAAUGGGUGCAAGCGGGAUGUGUUUGUGCAGACUGCUGCGAUUGAUUUCUAUGCGAGCUUCGGUGGGAUUGUGGAAUCAGAAAAGGUGUUUGACGAGAUGCCCGUGAGUGAAAGAGAUGUCUUUGCAUGGACGACUAUGCUGUCGGCAUAUGCCCAGGCCGGGGAUAUGGCAUCCGCUCAGAGGCUGUUUGAUGAAAUGCCUGAGAGGAAUAAUGCUACAUGGAACACUUUGAUCGAUGGGUAUGCAAGAUUGGGGAAUCUGGAGUCGGCUCAAUCACUGUUUGAGAACAUUCCCGAUAAAAAUAUUAUCUCGUGGACGACAAUGAUUGCUUGCUAUGCUCAGAACAAGCUGUUUCGGGAAGCGGUGACUUUGUUCAGAGACAUGACUAACCUCGGAUUCAGUCCCGAUGAGGUGACCAUGUCAACCAUAAUCUCUGCAUGCGCUCAUCUUGGGUCACUCGACAUCGGGCGAGAAAUUCAUUACUACGUAAUGCAGAACCGAUUCCAUCUCGAUGUAUAUAUUGGAUCAGCUCUUGUUGAUAUGUAUUCUAAAUGUGGGAGCCUCGAAAAGUCCCUAGUGGUAUUCUACAAGCUGCAGGAGAAGAACCUGUUUUGCUGGAACUCGGUCAUUGAUGGGCUGGCAGUCCACGGUUUCGCAAGAAAGGCGCUGAUGAUGCUCUCAAAGAUGGAAUCUGAGAAAAUAUAUCCGAAUUGGGUCACUUUCGUGAGCAUCCUUAAUGCCUGCAAUCAUGCAGGAUUAGUCGAAGAAGGCCGGAGAUUGUUCAUGCGCAUGAAGAAGGAUUACCUCAUAGUACCGAGAGUAGAACACUACGGGUGCAUGGUUGCUCUGUUCAGCAAGGCUGGGUUGCUUGAAGACGCGCUAGGUUUGAUUAGAAGUAUGGAGUCUGAGCCUAAUGCCUUUAUUUGGGGCUCUUUGCUGGAUGGUUGUAGGGUUCAAAAGAACUUGGAGAUAGCUCGGAUCUGUCUUGACGCGUUAAUAUUGCUGGAGCCUAAUAAUAGCGGGCAUUACAUGCUCCUGAUUAACAUGUAUGCGGCGAGCAACCAGUGGGAUGAGGUAACGAAGAUCAGGAGGAUGAUGAAGGGAAGAGGAAUUGAGAAGGGGUGUCCUGGGCACAGCUGGAUCGAGAUUGGAGGAGAUAUUUGUCAGUUUGCUGCAUCAGAUAGAAGUCACCCAGCUUCUGAUAAAAUUUGUAUGUUUCUAAAUGAUUUAGAUGAGCAGAUGAGGCUAUCUAAUAUAAAACCGCAUGAAAUCAGCAUUGGUUUUUAACGAAAGAUUUCAAACAAAAAUCAAUCAAUAUCCAUCUCUGGUAUGCUUAUGGGAUUUAAUUUUUUUCUUCUGUAUUCCAUAAGUAACUUAGCGAUGCAUUUUAGACCCAGAGUUUUUCCGACGUUCAAAGAUGUUCUUCUGCAUAAUGAGCCUAACUAAAAGACCCAAAGAAUAGGCAUCAAAGAAUGUUUGGAAUCAACUUAUUGCUAGCAUGAUAAUAUGUAUUACAAAACAUUACAGAGGGGAACCUGGGGGAUGGGUGAUUCUGAGUGAAAUGAAGCAAAUUUCUGUGAUUUACGAGUUUCUACAAUUCUAGGCAUCCAAUCAAGGUGGCUCCUGGCUCAUUGUUGUACAAAAGUGUAAAAGAAAAUAUAAAACUAGAUCUUUUUUUCGGCCUGUGAAUGAAAUUUUUGCUCAUAAAUGGUUCGCUCUUACUGUAUUUAGUAAACCAGUGGCAGCGCAGUCCCAAUGUUCAGUUUUCUCGGCAGUAUAUAUGAUAAAACUAGGGGUUGCUCGACAAUUUUCUUUCAAAUUGUCUUUGUACAGUUUACAUGGUUUCUUGUCCAAAGCCCAACGUGGAGAAAUGAAAAGGAGAAGAUAUUAGUUUAUCUGAGCGUUGUUUAUUCCAUAUGGAAAACUUAGAUGAAAAGAUCAAGCUGUGGCCCUUUCUUCCAGGCCACCAUUCAUCUAUCGCAAGCGUCAGUGUCGAAACGAAGGGAUCAUUGUGAGAUGUCUAGUCAAAGAACAAUUCAUUCCAUGGUGAAGAAAUUUACAGGUUCCGUGCCUGUGCCUCCAUUUUGUCUUUUUCCACCCCUUUUUGCGUAUAAUACAGUCUAGUUUCACCUGGCUAAUAAUUCUUUGGUGCUUUGCGGGAGAGGUCAACCAACAGUCGAAUUUGUCUUUGCUGCUACAGGGGGGAAUCUUUGUGCAUGUUAUUAUUUGUUCUCCUUUUGCUCCUGCAGUAUUAUUAUUUUUUUUUUCUCUGCUUGUGCAGUUGCUUUGCAUUGGAUUUCUUUAGAUAUGCAUAUAAAGGUGAAAUCUUACAUGUUUUUAACUAACAUAUCCUGGCUCCUUCCUGUGAUGACAUAGAAAAUGUAUCAAAGCGCUCCAGUUCUGCUGGAAGACUUCCAGGUUAGUGUCUCUCUCUCUCUCUCUCUCUCUCUCUGUUACUUGGAAUUCCAGGCAGGCUCUGAUGCAAAUUGUAGCACGACUUCAAGGGAUCCAGUUCAAGUUCUAAUUGGACCGAUUACGCGAGCACGAGCAAAGAAGUUUAAAGAUGAACUCAACGGCCUGAUUCAAGAGGUUUGAGCUCAA